UAAGACUUGGGGGUUUUAGAAGGGUACCUGACCCUCUCGAACAAUUGACGACUUACGUCCCAUUUCACAUCAUCAUUCUUGUAUUUACAGCAUGUCGUUCUCGGAACGCAGUCCCCUCCUCACAUCACCCACACACCCCCGUCCCCGCUCGAAUUCCACUUCUACGACCAUUACAACUCAAACCCUCAUGGGUGCCCUCGAAGCUGCCCAUAUCCAUGCUCCACCAAUCGAUAUUCCCUCUUCCUCCUCCUCGUCUUCAGGGGAUGAGGAAGAAGGGUCUUUAAGCGUUCGACCUGUUACGGCCCGGGUACCGAGUAUAGAGUCACCGACAUGUCCGGAUCUGAAUAGUUCGUCAAGUGUGGAUUUGAAUCGGAAAAAGUUGAUCAUUGCGACUGUAUUGUGUUUUUUGUUUUUUCUGGUGGAGCUUGUUGCGGGGCUUGUUGCUGGUUCGUUGGCGAUCUUGAGCGAUAGUUUCCAUUUAUUAUCGGAUAUUGCUGGGUUUGCCAUUUCGUUGGCUGCCCUGUACCUUUCCCAACAACCCGCCACAAAACGCCACUCUUACGGCUUUUACCGUGCCGAGAUUAUUGGUGCCAUCCUCUCGACCUUCCUCAUCUGGAUCUUAACGGCCGUUCUCGUCUGGGAAGCCGUCGAACGGAUUCGGAAUCCGGUCCCGAUUGAUGGGCGUAUCAUGUUUGGGACGGCUGCUCUGGGGGUUUUUGUGAAUAUUGUGCUGGGGUUUACGUUGCAUGGGGGACAUGAUCAUGGGCAUGGGCAUUCACAUGGGCAUUCGCAUGGGCAUUCGCAUGGACAUGGACAUGAACACGGUCAUGAACACGGACAUGAUCAUGGACAUGAUCAUUCUGAGCAUGACCACCCUCACGAUCAUCCUCACACUCUGGACCAUUCUUCACCAAAGAAGCGAAAAUCCCACACAAACAUUAAUGUCCAAUCCGCUGCUAUACACGUCAUUGGCGACCUCCUUUCCUCCAUUGGCGUCCUCAUCGCCGCAACCGUCAUUUGGAUCAACCCAUCCCUCACUAUCGUAGACCCGAUAUGCACAUUUGUGUUUUCGGUGUUUGUCUUGGCGACUACCGUGAGACUCAUGAUGAAUAGUUUUACGGUUCUUAUGGAGGCCACUCCACAUGAUAUUGAUCCGAUGGCUGUUGCGAGUGAUUUGAGACGGAUUGCGGGUGUACGCGAUGUACAUGAUUUGCAUAUUUGGAAUCUUACGCUAGGAAAGGUCUCACUCUCGGCCCACCUUGAAAUCCAACACCACUUUCCAAAUGGCACCGAACUGGAUUUAAACGACUACCAUACCAUUUUAACUCAAGCCCAAAACAUGCUGUGCUUUAAAUAUGGUAUCCAUCAUGCUACGGUUCAACUGGAGGGUAUGCCUGUUGAUGAGGUGUACGUGGAAGAGGAAGGGAGUGAUGGGGUUGGGAGUGCGAGAGUACAUUGUAAUCCGAUCAUGUGUCGAACAGGGGUAUAGAUGCGUUUAUUGCAUAAUAUAUAAUAGUAGAUUGGAGUCA